AUGUCUGGGAUCUGGGGAGGAUACCGUGACACCAUCCUUGUUCGUCUAAACCGUGGGGCAUUCCCGGCUGAUAUGACUCCGCUCUCUAAGAGAGCUGAAGGCUCUCCUUAUAUACACCGAGCUUCGGAACAUAAUAUCUCCACUCAAGUCCCAGGCUCCGAGCCCCAGCCAAGGCUCUCAGUAUACGCGACAGAUAGCUUAUAA